CACUCACACACACACAUUUACAGAGGGCCUGCUCUGUGUUUUCUGACGCUGUGUGUGUGUGUUUAUUUUGUUCUCCACAGACUUUCCCACGCGCACAGAUCUGCCAUCAAGGUCAUCAGACGGAUGCAGUAUUUUGUGGCUCGACGGAAAUUUCAGCAAGCGAGGAAACCGUACGACGUGCGGGACGUGAUCGAGCAGUAUUCGCAAGGCCACCUGAACAUGAUGGUCCGCAUCAAAGAGCUCCAGAGAAGGUUGGAUAACACGUUGGGAAAACCGGGAAUAUUCCUGCCAGAGAAAGGUGUGGAUAAGGAGUAUUAUACGGUGGGAGCCCGGCUCAUCCGAUUGGAAGAUAAGGUUCUUCGCAUUCCUUCGUCAGUUUGUGGCAAACAGACAAAGAAGAGCUUGUUGGGGAAGUUCUCCAUCUAUGGCCCAUGGCCGCUACUAGUUAUGAGGGUCCGUGAGAAAGAGACACUCACCAAAACCUGCUCUGGACCUGAAACACGCUUUAUGCAACACAAUGCUAUCACGCUUCGCACCGCAGCGCCGGGGGCCUCUGAGUCGGCCGGGGUCACAUUUCUCCGUGGCACGCCGCAGGCACUCUAUCUCUAUCCCAUCAAGCACUGGGGUGCAGGGUCUGUCAGUGGGCCCCCGAGACGAAGGCGCACUAAGUAG